AUGAUUAAAGUAAAGAGUUCAGGCAUUAAAGAAACUGAUGCAGCUAAAUAUUUUCUUGAAGCGGUCUUAUAGUUAAGAGAUCGUUUAAAUGAAUCUAAAUAAAUCAUUAUUGAUGCAUAAGGAGAAGACAUCUGUGUAGCAACUUGUGUUUUAGAAUUAUUAAAGAAUUAAUUUCCUAAUAAUAAAAAUUUAAUCAAAACAAGUGGUUCUAUCAACGAUAUAUAGGAUUGUAAAGAAAGUGGAAUAAUAAUUAGCUUUCAAGUAUUGGAUUUUGGUUAAGAAAUUUAGAAUCCAUAUACUUAUGUUGAGAAAUAUUGCAUUAAUUGA